CGUCGAUGAGUUGAUAAAACAAGUGCUCACGACGUUUCAAAAUUGGCAUUCUCAAUGCCAUAAGCUUAUAGAUUUAUUUAAAUUAUCCUGUUUACAACCAGAAAGUUCAAAUAUAUUUCUAUUUAACAUUAUAAAUUAUGAGUUCCGUUAGUCAGUUUUUGCCUCAUAUUAUCAAUGCCCUGUCCAUGUCUUCAGACCAUCAGGACAAUCUUGAUGGUAUUAUAAAGCGAGUAGAAGAGGAUCUAAAAACUUGUGAGUGCCCAAAACAAAACGUCCCUCACGAUGUACGACGCAGCCUGCAGGUUGGAGUUGAUUUGGGGUUGAUAGCUGCGAACAAUAACGUCUUUCGAUUGAGGUUUAAUCCGAAUGCAAAGCCACCUUUCAGCUCCCCAAGCUUCGCGGCUCAGGAUGUGCAAAUUGGGGGAUCAGAGAAAUACUCUUCUGCUGAUAGUGGUAGAAAGAGUAAAAGUGAAAUUGAUUUAGCUGGAUGCGAUUCGCAACGUACCCUGAAUGAUGACGAAGAUACUGAGGAGUCAGACGAUGAAGCGGAAACGCCUGUGUCUAGGAAAUAUAAACCCAAAGUGGCUAAAUCAACGGCAAUACUUCAGAAGAAUGAAUGUCCCUUGUCCUUGUGUAUGAAAAGAUUUCAGAUGAAUCAGGCACGUCGUCGACGGGAGGCUAGGCGACGUGGACAACGGAGUCGUAGUAGAUCGAAGCGCAAGCGCUCGAAAAGUGGUCGACGUAAAAGGCGUUAAAAUUCAUAGUGUAUAAAAUUAAAAAAAAAAAUCAAAAAAAAUUUUAAGUUUUGAAGUAAGAUAAUCUGAUUGUGUUCUGAAAUGAGAAUGCAAUCCAUUGAUAAAAACAAUGUGCAUAUUGUAAUAUAUAUAAAUAGAAGAAGUAAA